AUGGCGUCCGCCGAAUCUGGCGGCUCCCGCCUCGAUCGCCUGAUCAAACUCAUCGACACCGGGAGCACCGCGGACGCGAGACGAGAAGCGGCGAGACAAAUCGGUGAACUCGCUGAAUCACAUCCUCUGCAACUCGCGGGACUUUUACGACGAUUGCGCACGCACUUGCGGAGUAAGAAGUGGGAGACGCGCACGGCAGCGAGUGCGACGAUGAGCGAGAUCGCGUCGAGGCUGAAACACCCGACAGUUGAGGAUUUAGAGCGAACGGAGAAGGAAUUCGAACACUCCGCGGUAAAGGUGGAGACGUCGAGCGGACGGGCGGGAGAAGGUCCGACGUUCGAUAAGAGCGAUGCCUUAGAUCUAACGUUCGCAAAGUUUGAUGUGGAACGAGUGCUGGAAAAGGCCGGGAUCUUGCUGAGCGCGAGCGGAGCUGCGUUCACGUUGGAGCACGGACCGGGGACGAAGGCUGAGCGACUGGCGCAGGCCAAGGCGUCGCUAAAGAGGCGGCUCGGGAUGGAGCUCGGUCCUGAGGCAGGGGCGAUGAUGGAUGAGAACAUGAAGAUGAGCGAUUUGGUAAAAGAUGAGGAUCUGUUGGACGACGGGAAGGUAACGGUGAAGGAGAAGGUGGCCGUUGGGGACAGCGCCGCGGAGGCGGUCGACGGUUUGACUGGAGACGUCGAUUACAGUCAUCUGAGCGCUCGGGAGCUGAACAAGCUCAAGCGCAAGGCGAAACGAAUGUUGCGCGAAGGUCAUGACCCCGCGGAUGCAAAGCGAUCGAAGAAGGACGAGGAAGAGGCUCGAUUGGAGCGUGAGCGCGCUGAGGCGGAAGAGGACGAUGAGGAGCAGGCGGAAGUCGCCGCCGGCGGUUGGCCUCUCUCGCGCACGUGCGAGUCCUUGGCGUACAUGAUGUUCUCCGAGGGCUGGGAGGAGCGACAUGGCGCCGCCGCGGCGCUGCGUGAGGUCUUGCGUCAUCAGGCGGCUUGCGCGGCGGUUUGGGCGCCUCCGCCCGGCGUCAAGCUCGAGCCUGGCACCGUGGAGGCGGCGCGGGAUGCGAAUGCGCACUGGUUGGAAGACAUGUGCGUGCGCUUGCUUUGCAUCUUAGCGCUUGAUCGUUUCGGCGAUUUUGCCGGCGAUGGUGCGGUCGCACCCGUCCGCGAGACGUCUGCGCAAGCGCUCGGCGCGGCGCUUUUGCCACUUUCGCCCGCUGCCGUAGACGCCGUUGUCGCAUGCACACUCACGCUUUUGUCGCGCCCAGAGUGGGAAGUGCGUCACUCCGCCCUACUCGCGCUGAAGUACAUUCUCGCUGCGAAGUCGGAGCUGGCGCUGGAUUUGUUGCCCGCCGCUCUGCCCGCAGCGAUCAAGGCGCUCGUGGAUGCGGACGAUGACGUGCGAGGCGCCGCUGCGGAGUCCUUGCUGCCGGCCGCAGAGCACUUGCCGACGCAUCCGAAGUUCAACGAGCUCUUGCAUUCGCUCUGGAAUCUUCUUAACGAGCUUGAUGAUCUCUCACCGAGCGCGGUGCCCGUGAUGAAGCUCAUCGCCAAACUGUAUGCGCUCGAAUCCACUCGCACGGCAUCUGCCGUUGAACUCUCCGAAGUCGUGCCUCGACUUUGGCCGUUCGCUGCGCAUCCGAUAGCAGCUGUCCGUUUUGCGGUCUGGCAGACGCUUUGUCGGCUGUUAACGGUAGAGCCGGACUCAUCAAAGGCGUUGUGGGUGCAAGAAGCGUGCGCGCCGGCGAUGCGUCACGCGCUUCAGGGUGCGCUUCUCGAUGUUGACGUCGCGAGCGCCGAAGCCGCGAAGGAGGCAUGGCUCGCUCUUCUGCGUACCGUGCCGAUCGCCAUCAUCGAAGCCACGUUCAUGGUACACGGUGGUAAAUGGUUCGAGCUGGUGACGACGGUUACAAAUGCUCGCGCUGAGGGAAAGCUCAUUUUUGUCUCCACUCCACCGAGCGUCAAAGGAGAGAUUCGCGCGGUGGCCAAGGAUUGGCCCGCAGGAACGGUUGGACGAAUGCGAGGCUUGGAUUGUCUCGCGCAUCUCGCCUCGGAGUUCGGGAAGCAAAACCGCGCGAGCUCGGUGGAGCGGACAGAGCAGCACACCGUGACCAUGCUGACGGCGGAGCAUGCCACGGCGCGCCUCGCAGGAGCGUACCUCCUCACGUUUUGGCUUCGCAACGUCCCGCCAGGGCCGCAGAGACCGACGCUCCAGGCUCCAGGCGGACAGCUCGGAUUGAUUUUAGCAAAUACUAAUCCAGCAUAUCCGAGCGCGCCGUCGCCGACACCGUACGGCGAAGUGGCGCAAAUGGUCAAGUAUGUCAAGAGCGAGUCCAUGGCGUUCUUGCGCGUUGCCGCAACGAACGGAGUCUCGGUGACGGGUGAAGUUCCGAGUCCAGAAGCGGAUGGUUUCGGCGCAGAUUCCGCUUCGACGCUCUCAGCAGCUGUUCCACAGACGGACAAGGAAGCCGUAGAAUCGGCUAGAAGCUCGUUGCAUGCCUCUGUGCAGCGACUGCGAGACACAGAGUCAAGACUCCACGGGUCGGUGCUCGCAUCGGCCGCGGGAGCGGCGAUAAGUUUCGGUGCGUUGCCGCCGAAGCUCAAUCCGUUCAUUCAGCCUUUGAUGGCGUCUGUGCGCCGCGAGCGAGAUGUCGAGCUUCAACGGCGAGCCGCGGCUUCCGUGGCGGCCAUGAUGAAAAUUUGCGUCACUCGAACGCCGUCACCGAACGAUAAGCUGAUGAAGAACGUCACGGCGAUGGUUUGCGGUGAUGAGGCGGAAACACCAAAGGCAGGAUCGACGGAGGAUAUCGACGAAGAGGAGCUCGCCGCCGCGAAGAAGAAGAAAACGAAGUCUGUCGCGGGAAUCGUUGAAGAGGAAACGAUCAGUGAUGCCGCCGUCGCGCGCCUCGGCGGGGAAGCUGUGAUUCGCGCGGUGUCGAGCACAUUUGGCGCGGACGCUUUAGCACAAAUCAGCGCGUUCCAAACGCUGUUGAUCAAACCAAUUACGCAAGCUCCGCCUGAGUCGGCGUCGCCCGAGGCGCUACAAACUCUCAUCGACGCUUUGCAACUGCUCAAGGUGUUAGGUCCCGAAGUGCAUGUAUCUUUGGAACCAAAAAUCAUUGACCUCACCAAGGCGGCGUUCCCAGCUGCGUUGUACGGCGAUGUUGCCGUUCGAAAGACGGCGGCGAAGACUGUCGCCACUAUCGCAUCAAAACAUCCAGAGCAAGUCAUUCCUGCUUUGCUGGACUUCAUCGUGCCGAAACUUGAGCAGGGUGAAGCGGCGUCUCAGACGUGGAAGCGCUCGGGCGCCGUUGGUCUUGCGAGUGAACUCGUGAAGCAUCUAGGCUCGGCUCUCGCACCGUAUUGCGUGUUGUUGCUCGUACCGCUCAUGGGUCGCAUGAGCGAUCCCGAUUUACGUAUUCGCGGUUUGGCGACAAGAGCGUUCGCGAACCUGGUUCCAUUGCUUCCGCUCGCGGCCGGUAAGCCCCCUGUUGAUGCGUUGACUCACAAACAAAAGGAACGGUCCAUCAAGGACGGCGAGUUUCUCGAAGCGCUUCUGGACAACAGUAAGAUUGAAGAUUUCAAGCUGCCUUUCAAGUGCGCCCGAACGCUGCGCCCCUAUCAGCAAGACGGCGUCAACUGGCUUGCCUUUCUGCGCCGAUUCAAGCUACACGGUGCGUUGGCGGACGACAUGGGCCUCGGCAAGACGCUGCAGUCGACAUGCAUAUUAGCGGCGACGACGGUUGAACGCAAGCGAGACGGGUUGAAGAAACUCCCUCACUUGGUCAUCUGUCCAACGACGCUCGUCAGCCACUGGGCGUACGAAAUCAGCCUCUACGUGGAGCCGGACGUGCUGCGACCGCUCGAGUAUCAGGGAAGCCCGCCAGAGCGACUGGCGUUACAAAAGGACUUUGGUAAGUAUGACAUCGUGAUAAUGUCGUACGAGUCUCUGCGCGCGGAUUUCAAUACGCUCGAUAGUUUUGAUUGGUGCUACUGCGUCCUGGAUGAAGGACACGCGAUUCGUAACCCGAAGAGCCGCGUCACGCAAGCGGUGAAGAAAGUUCGCGCCGAACAUAGACUGCUGCUUUCCGGCACGCCAAUUCAAAACGACGUCGUAGAGCUUUGGAGUUUGUUCGAUUUCCUGAUGCCUGGCUUCCUCGGCACGGAACGCGAGUUCAAGUCGACUUACGGAAUCGCUGCCGCUCGUUCGGCGGCGGCGAAGAAGGGCGGCGGUUUAACAGAACAAGGCGCGCUCGCCACCGGUGCAUUGCAUAAACAGGUCAUGCCAUUCGUCAUGCGCCGUACUAAGGACCAAGUGCUCAAGGACCUACCACCGAAGAUUAUUCAAGACGUCUACGUCGAUCUGACGGCGGCUCAGCGCAAGAUGUAUGACUCGUUUGAGUCAAGCGACGCCAAGUCAGCGGCUGUGAGCGCCGUCGAGGGCGGCGGGAACGCGGAGGGCGCGGCGGCGCACGUGUUCCAAACGCUCCAGUAUCUGCGCAAGCUCUGCUCACACCCGAAGCUCGUUUCCGACACGACAAGCAAGAAGUUUGAUCCGGAUAUGCGUUCGCCGAAGUUCGACGCGUUGAAGCAGAUUUUGAUCGACUGCGGCAUUGGCGUCGACGUAGAGGAAGAAAAGGCGAGCGGUGAAGAUGCGAAACCGAAUCCGGCGGCCGGUGCAGGACAUCGCGUUCUGGUGUUCUCCCAGCUCAAGAGCUUGCUCGACCUGGUGGAGACUGAACUCUUCACAACGCAGAUGCGAGACGUGAGCUGGCUCCGCCUCGACGGGAGCGUUGCUCCGUCUCAACGCUUCGAUGUCGUGCGCAAAUUCAACGCCGAUCCAUCCAUCGACGUACUCCUGCUUACCACGCACGUCGGUGGUUUAGGUCUAAACCUCACUUCGGCCGACACCGUCGUUUUCCUCGAGCACGAUUGGAACCCGCAAAAGGACUUGCAAGCGAUGGACCGCGCGCACAGACUCGGGCAGCGCAAGACGGUGAACGUCUAUCGCAUUCUUACCCGCGGUACUCUCGAGGAGAAGAUCAUGUCUCUCCAGCGCUUCAAGCUCGACGUCGCGAACGCCGUGGUGAAUGCCGACAACGCAUCCAUGAGCGCCAUGGACACCGGUCAAAUGCUCGAACUCUUCACCGCAGAGAAGGGCGCUAAACUCGGCAAGGAUGGCGAGCCCGUCGCAAAGGGCGCCGCCGCCGCCGCCGUCGGCGCCGCCUCGGGUGGUCUCGCCAACAUCGUCAAUGGUUUAGAGGAGAUGUGGGACGAGGCGCAGUACGCCGAGGAAUUCGACGUGGACGAUUUCGUCUCAAAGCUCAAACAGAAAUAG